AUGGCAGUAUCCGUGGAAGCAUCGUCCUUGGAUUGUGAGUUGUGUAUCAAAACACUCCGCCUUGAGCAAGAAUAUGAAAGAGCUCUCGCAAACUCGGCACAUCUUCUUGAUGGGGAGAGGGAUCGCGUGAGGCGAAUGGAGCACUUGUUGCUUCAAUUUGAAAGUGAAAGCCUACGGCUACAGUUAGAUCAAGCCAACAUGCAGUUACGUGGAUUUUCACAUGCCGAGUCAGACACGCUCCUCCAGUUAGAUGAAGCUUGCCAGGAAAUUGAUCGCCUUAAUCAUGAAGUACAGGCCUCGUCCAGCAAAAUUGAGAGGUUGAAGGGCGACCUUUUAGCCUUGAACAAUACUUCGAUAAGCUACAAUGCUCUUCUUUCCGAAAAAUCACAGCUCACCCGAGAUUUGUCAAACCUAAAGUUAGAGCUAGACCGGCUAAAGACUCAGAGCUCCUCUCACCAGGCAUCCGUAGGAGAGAAACAGGAAUUGGAGCGGCAGCUGAACUCCUUGGAUGCUCAACUUGAGAAUGAAAAGCUUUCCCACGAGCGCACCAGAGCCAAAAACUUGCAGCAAGUGUCAGAGAUAAGCACGCUUGUAAAGAAAGUUGAAGAACUACAGGGCGAACUCACGAGGGAGCUGCGAGUGAAGCAACAAUACGAACGAGACAACCGUCAUCAAAACAUGGAAUGGGACAACCAGCGCGGCGUACUUGAAGGCAAGGUUGAAACACUGAGAAAGCAGCUUCGGUCGACAAAGGACAAGCUCCUGGAGACCCAGCACGAUUUACAACAAAAACGCACUGCUGUUCGCAACCAUGACAGAGAGAGCUCCGAUCCCGGAUCUCGAGCCAUUCCUCUGCAGCGACCUGGCCCAAGUGCAGACUACCAGAACGGUGUCACCAUUGCAACGCCCGGAGCUGUCCGUGUGCAUGAAAAAAUAAAAAAGCCGUCGGCAUUGCCUGGCGAGAAAUCGGCAUUUUCGAUUACUCCGUUCCUCAACCGAACAGGGGCUCACCGAGCUUCUCCGGCCAGCUCAGACUUGGAUAACGAAGAAGUUAACCAGGCAAUGACAGACAGCCAUUCUCCAACCAGAGCCCGCAUCACCCACGACCCAAGAGGUAUUGACACAUCCCUGGUUGAUCGGUCGAGCUCAGCACGACGACCUGAGAAUGAAGAAAGAGCAAGAUCCAAACCACGACAGGGAAACUUGGCGAAUGAAUCGAAGAGAUCUUUCAAUCGAACGGACGAAAAGGUGCCUCUUAAGGAGGCGGAUGAAUAUGAGGAUCCCUCGACAGAUCAAGGGCAGACAAAACUCAAAAAACGAAAGCUGGGGGGACAGCGAGAUCGAACCCUCUUUGAGGAAGACGAAGAGGAGAUCAUUGAACGCAGAAAGCCAGGGCGCAAGCUCGGAUUGGGUACAGGGCGGACGUCAGUGCUUGCAACUACACAAAUUUCUGCUGCACCAGUGGGUGAUAAGCCGUCAAGAGCCUUGGGAUUCGGUGGAUUUUCACCUCUGAAGCGAGACCGCAAACGAUGA